AUGGAAGAACACUCAUUUUCGCUUCAGUUCAAUCCUUUGCAGAGGAUUAAGACAGUUAAGGAUUAUGAGAGGGAGAUCGAGGAGCUUCGAAACGAAAACUUUGAGAUCAAGCAUCAACUUUCUCAUUAUAAAGCAAGUUCGGGGGUCAACAUCCAGGAAGACAUUCAGAAGCUUCUUCUUGAUAGUAAGAGAUCGAUAGACAUUCUUGAGGGAGAGAACGAGGAGCUCAGCAAAAGAAUUGAGGGAAUGGACGAAAUGAUCAAGAAGAUGAGGAUGGAGAAAGAGGAUGCGGAGGACCGGCUGAAGAAUGGUUUGCAGGAACAUCUUAAUAGGAUAUCGAUGCUUGAAGAGGAAAACAACAGGCUUCUCAAGCAUCUAGAGAGUGUCAAUGGAAUCAAUACCAAGCUGAGAGAGGAGAAUGGGAUGCUGGGAGAGUGUUUCAACAGAAGUAAGAGUGCGAUUGAUGAGCAGAAGAACUUGAUUGAAAAGAUGGCAUAUGAAAAGGAAGAAAGGGUCCAAAUUGAAAAGGAACUGAUGUCCUACAAGAAUGCUCUUCUGAAUAGCAAUAAAGAAAAAGACCAGAUAAUGUAUGAACGAGAUCGAGAAAGAAAUGAAUACAACAACAAGAUUUCUCAACUUCAAAGUAUUGUGAGGUCUUUUGAAGAAAAGAUGAAUCUCAAAGAAGCAGAGAUAAGCCAGAUUCGAGAGCACUACAAAAGUAUGGAAAAGGAAUAUGAGGAAAUUUACAGGCAAAGACAGUCGAAUGAAUUGUACCUGAAGGAGAUGGGAGAGAACUAUAUGCGAGAAACCAGAGACAAACAAGAAUUAGCACUAAAGAACGAAGAACUAAAAAGAGAAGUUGAGAACUUGAAAGCCACUCGAGGAGAGCUAAAGAAAAGACUUGAGGUUUGUGAGAAUGAGAAAAGGGCGCUGUCAUAUAAAGUGUCCCAGGAUGGAUAUGGAGGCUUGGAAGUCUACAAGAUUAAGGCAGAGCUGGAGAAAGAAAAAAAAGAAAAAGCAGUGGUCUUAGAGGAGGUAGAGGAACUUCGGAAAAGAUGCUUGGGCUUUACCUCGGAUCUGGAGAGAUCUCGAGAGCUUGAGAUGUUUCUGAAGGACCUUUUGCAAGAAAAAGGGCGGGAAUGUGACAAAAAAUUGGGUGAGAUUGAAGGAAUGGCUCGUAGCAUAGAUUCCAAGAUAAGCUUGGCAAGAAAGAUUCUUGGAGAGAAAGGACUAGAAGACAAAGCAGAAGAAGAGAUAAAUACAUUACGACUUGAACUCAAAGAGCUCAAAAGCAAAGAGGAGGAGUAUAGAAAGAUUGUUGCAGUUACAGAAGACAGUAGAAAGUUUCUGAAAACUCUUGGAAUCAACGCAGUGGUUCCGGUUGACGAGAUGGUAAGAAGGUUCAAGAUCUCAUACAAGGAUCUGGUUAGGAAGAUCCGUGUGAUGGACAAGGAGACCAACGAGGCCAUGGGUUUUGCCGAGAACAACAAAGAUGUGAUGCACAGAAGAACAAUGAAGUUCCUGGAAGACUUCACCAAGGAGUUCAGCAUUGCUAGAAAAGAUCUAGAGGUCUGCAAGGAAUACCUCGAGAAGAAAGGAAAGGAGAAUAAGGCUCUUAAGGCAAGCAACAUGAUGCUGGAAAAAAGAUUCAACGAGUGCCGUAAGAACGAAGAAAGAAUAAAAAGCCUUUAUUCAGCAAUGGCCGACAAACUUAGAAGGAAGGAUGAAGCAAUAUCCAAGCUGGAGAUGAGGAUAGGAGCAAGGUUUUAA